CGCCGAUGCAUCGCUAGCUUCCCACUGCACACGCAUGAUCCGAGCAGUCGGCUCGCGGCGCGUGCGACACGAACAUUGCACAUAUUGGAAGCUCGAUUCUUUCGAUUACGAUUAAUCGGUACGAUUUCCGGGCGCGCGGUGUGACCUCGCCCUAACAUUCCACUCGUUUUCAAAUUUUAUUAAUUAAAAUCUGAAACGAGUCCGUUACUAUCGAAUAUCAAUUGUGAUUAUUGGAAUUUGGUGAGAAGCGAUUAAUAAUUAACAGGGAAUAAGAGCUAUUGUAUAGUAAUUGUAUACAAUUUAGUAUACAAGAAUAGUGCGGUACCGUUUAGGAUGUUUCAUUCAGUGCAAUAUUUGACGUAAGGAAUAGCAGAUCGUAUAGAAUAAAAGAGUGCUAAUAGAAAUCAUAAAUAAAAAUGCAACCUUCCACUUGUCGGACUGCAUAAUUUAGAUAUAAACACAUGCCCCUGAUUUCGGUUUCAAAUUCGAAUCCAUUUUUCACAAUCGCAUUGAAUUUCAAAUAUGUCCUUAUAAACGUUGGAUUGUAUUAUUUUUGUGGACUAUUUCCCGGUGGACGUCUGUCGAGCUGGUUUUGUGGUGGCUAUUGUUGUCUCAACUGCAUUAUAGAAAACACGGCGAUGGGAAAACUUAGCAACCUUACCACAAGGAUGGCAGUUCUGCUGCUCUUCCACGCAGCUGGUGCUGGGCUCGCGUCACCAACUGUCCUAGUGACGAGACCGGUCUCUAAAAUACCCACGGAGCGACUUCCUACUGAUAACCAGACUAUUUAUAGGUUAGAAGAAGGCGAAAUUAGAAAUUUCGAAUUAAACACGUCUACAAACGCGCAAACGCCUGUGUUCAUUACAGUCAGUCCUUGCAUAAAGGAUUUCCGGUGGGCUAUUUACCACAGCAUGGCGCACAACAUUGACGGCCCUUUAAAUUUACUAAAAGAAUACAAGGAUGGCGAGUCGAACACAUUAGCUGUAUUUAUUUCGAAACAAGAGAGAUAUUUUCUACAGCUCUCAUCGUCAAGAGGCGGUACAGUAGCAGUGAGUGUCAGAGGCGAGGUACCAAGAACAGUUCGCAUUCGACUUAGAGUGAGAUCCAGGCGGAGACUUACUGCUAACUGGGAUCCAAGCCCUAUAGACCCUCAAUCAACUACAUAUUGCGUGGUUGCAUCAUAUGUAAGAAACUACACAUCAUUAUGUGCAGCUCAGUUCGACGUCAAAUUGAAUCGAUUGGAUAAUAAAUCGACUCGAUUCAACCCUGAAUUAGAUAGAGUAAACUUUGAUAUUGAAGGCUUGAAUCCAUCAGAUAGGAAGAACCACACCAACCGUUUUGUGUUAACUGAAGUUGAUAACCAAAUUAAAGUGGAAAGCGAGAUUGAUUCACAUUUUGGCAUUUACGAUAGGAAUUUUAAAAGUGUUUAUAGAAGAAAGAAAUAUGGACGCAGCACAAAAGUGACCAAUGAAGAUCCAGUAAUAGCUUGCGUUGGUGAUAGAACUCAUCACUUAAUUGAAAACUUGGACCCCAAUAGAACUUAUUUCGUAAGUGUCUUCGGUAUCGCUAAAGAUCGUCGAGCAGGUUCCUUGUUGGCUAGUAGUAGCGUUCGCCCGCGGACGUCCACUGCCAAGCGGCUUAGAGAGAACGUACCUUAUCGUUCUGAUAUUAGAACGAAAACUGUUUUUUAUUUUAAGACCACUAUUGGGACUGGUGGUGGUCUUUGGUUGACCCUAUCGAAUUGUGGUGGAGCAAUUGACGUAGAAGUGUUAGUCAAGGGAAAGAGAUUGUAUAUAGCCAAAAAUAUAGAGUCCCAUUUGAAAAUCUUUGUCCCAGUACCAAUUUCGACCUCAUCUAUGCAGGAGACAAGUGAUGAAGGUUCAGUACAGUUUGACUCUAGUUCAGAGGAAGCUAGGAUGAGGUAUGUCAUCAAAGUGACUCCGAGUAGACGGGACAGGGACGGAAGCAUUAGUUUGGAGAUUGCUGCUUCUACCACAAGAUGGGGUGUAAAUAUUCCAGAAUUAUCAGAAGAUGGCGCCAUUGUGCGAGAACUGAGGCCAAAGAGAUCAUGCAGAUCCGUAGAUAUAGCAUUUCUGCCAGCCACACACAAUGCAACUGAUGUUAUCAGAUAUUGUACAAUCGUCAGAGAAUAUAUAAAUGGUGAAGUCUAUACGUGUGGCAUGUUUAAGAAGUCUUAUGUGAAACCACAGUGUAUAAACCAUAUACAGGCAUCAUCAUCGAAAGUAAUAAAGCAGAAGAUAAAUGGACUGAAAUCCGGCAGAAAAUAUGCAGUACAGGUCACCGCAGCGAGCAGAGGUAGCACAGUGCCCUAUAAUGUUUUAUAUGUAAACACAAAUAUAUCAUGUAAAGAGGAACGAUAAUAUAUAUUGUGUAUCGACACCAGAGGCAGAUAUGUAUUACAAACAUGGGGCUUUCCAUAAACCUAAUUAAAAAAGUGUGGAUAUUUCGAAAGCUCUAAUAACCUUACUGGCCACGUAAAAAUUCUAUUUGUAGAAUUAUCCCAUAUUCCUGUAUAGUGUUCGUAGAGAAUGCCAGAUACUAUUCUUAAUCUAUGAUAAUAUUAUUUAAAAUUAAAACUUUAAUAAGGAUAUGCCUACCUCAAAUGAAUUACUACGAAUAUUCUAAAUAACUUUCCGAAUUGUUGUUUUAAUUUGCAAACGAAAUAUCUCGCUAUGCUUAUUCAAUAAUUACUUAUAUUUUUUUUAUUAAGAUUAAAGACACUGGCCACUAUUACACUAUUUCAGUUAAAAAUGAUCCUUAUCUAAUUUAUGAGAUAUAUGUGUGAAUAUUUUUAAUUUAUAGAUUAAGAAUAGUAGGUACUCGUACAAUCUUUAAUUUUUGUGCCAGUUGACAUGUGCUGUACAAUUUUAUAUACAAAAUUUCAUAAUUGGAUAAGUACCUACUGUGCAGGUGUCGUUGUUUAUGGUUUUGUAAAGUUGUUUACUGGAAACGUCGCCUAGUAUCUUAUAUUUUUAUAACUGACCCAAUGAGAUUUAAAUAUUAUUUAUGUAAAAAAAUCGGUAAAUAAAUUGAUGAACAGAUGAUAAAUUAUAUGAAUUGUACUGAACGUUUAUUUUCUUAAUUAUUAUAAAGGUUCCAUGCCUCUUAGUUAUUGUACUUAUUAAUUAUUUAUUUUAAUAAAUUGCAUUUAAUGAUUUUGUAUCAUAUUUAAAAUAGACAUUAUGUAUACAUAUAAAUUACGACAAAAUGCCACUGACUUCCCCGUCUAAAAAUUAGAGCUGUGGGAAUAUUUUUUUUUAAGAUACAUUUGUACCUAAUCCUAUGUUCCUAAUCAUCUAUCUAUUACAUAUCUAUGUUUUUUUUUGUUGUAAAUAGUAUUAAGUUCUUAUAAUUAAAUAUUAAUAAUUAAAUAAGAUUUUCCGUCUGCUACGACUUCUUUUAAAAUAACCGACGGUUUUUAAUCAUUUCAUCCGAGUUUAUUUAUUUAAUAGAACAAAAUUAAUAUGAUGAAAAAAAAAAAUAAAAAAAUCUUAUUUUUUUAAUGGAUGAUAAUGGAAUAAUACCCUGCGUUAACCGUAUAUGCUGACAGAGCUCCAGUGGGGGAUGAUAAGCGAGACUAAAAGGGCAGUUCUAUGGCCUAUCGUGAUGAAUAUACCUAGAAUACACUUCAGUGUGAUGAUUUUCAGAGGGAUCACAGAAAGUCAACUUGAUUAACAAUCCCUUCCCCCAUGUCAAUGGGCUUUCCCUCUUGUUUAUUAGCUAAUUACAACAAGAAUUAUCAUAAUCGAUUGGUCGAUCUUACAUAGGAGGGGCGGAGGGGAGGCAGUAUGAUUGAGAUUUAUAUCCAAUGGCAAGUCGACAACGUUAAUAGCUGAUUCCCGUCACCCUUUUUUUUGUGAUAAGAAGAUUCAUUAUUAAAAUUUUAUAUGAAUUGUAUCUAAAUUAUGCGAAUUGAAACUUGCCUUCUUUUGAAGUCACUUGAUAAUAAUAAAAAAAAAACUAUUCACCUUUGCGUUGUUCAGCUAGUGAUGCGUACCUUCGAUAGUACAACAUUGUCAUUGAUCCCUAUUUCUAGAUUUUACUAUACUAUAAUUAUUAUUAUUUAUUAGAAUAGGUACCUACUACUUGUAGGAUUCCAAAUUAUUAUUUUAAAAAUAUCAUUGAGUUCAAUUUAAGCAUAUUUACUAAUCAAUUUCUCUAUACAUCAUGAUAUGGUAAUAACAAAGAAGACUCAAUCAGCAGAACGCGUGAGCGCCUUUCGGGGAUAACAAAAUCGAAUCCCAGCUUUAUUUUUAACCACUUAUUUUUUUAAAGGAGAUGAAAUGCUUGGAAUACUAACUGGUUCAGUCAAUGUACACUAUCAUUUUAUAAAAAGCUGACACAAAAUACUUUUGUGCCAAUAAUCCGUUUAAUAAUUUGAUUUUUUCAUAUUUUUACGAUAAAAGUCUUGAUUUUUUUAAUAUUUUGAUAUACUGUACUAUGACUGGAAAACCACUUAAGUCUAGCCUUAUUGUUACGCUUCGUAAUUUAAAGGGGAUGUAAAGCUGCCAUCGGUUAGGCUACAUCACAAUCUUUUGUGUAUGAUGAAAAUGGAAAAUGUAAAAAUUCUCAACAACAGCGGACGAGGGAGAGGAGCUAAUUGUUAAUAAAAUAUUGCCUAUGACUAGGUAUAUAUUACAAAAAUGUCUCCCGAACACAUUACCAUUUUCCUACAUUGUUAGAUUUUUUUUAUACAACAGAUUGGCAAACAAGCUGACGGUCCACCUGAUGGAAAGUAGUAACGGCCGCCUAUAGACAUGAGCGGUACCAUGGAUAUAACAGAGUAUAUUGUUUCGCUCAUGAUACCCCCCAUGCGUUGCCAUUCCUGAGGACUCAGGUGUUAUUCCUCUGUACCCAGUAAAUUCACGUAAUAAUAUAAUUAUAGUGUGUUAUAUAUGAGAUAGAAUGAAAAUUGAAAUUGUUUGUAAUUUAUGUUAUAAGAUUAGAAUUAGAAACAUAAGUA